UAUUGUCUUGUCAAAUUAUAACAUAUUGGCUUUGUUCUAAAUUUUCUGACAAUAAAUUGCCCAAUUAUAACUUUACAGGGGAAUAUAUAUAUAUAUAUAUAUAUAUAUUAAUGGCGCUGCUUGGGAUUGCACUGGUUCUGUCAGCAGUAUCAAUCAUUCACAACCAAAUAGCCCAUGUGGCAGCAACCGAGAUAGGCAUUAACUAUGGAUUGCUAGGAAACGACCUCCCUCCUCCACCCGAAGUGGUCCAACUCUACAAAAGCGUCAACAUUAACAAAGUCAGGCUCUUCGAUCCCAACGCACCAGCACUCAACGCCCUCAGAGGUAGCAACAUCAGUGUCAUUGUUGGUAUCCGGAACGAAGACUUAGCCGGCUUAGCAGCGAGCCAGGACGCUGUCAACGCCUGGGUCGCAACCAACAUAGAGCCUUACCUCGUCGACACCCUUAUCACAUACAUCACAGUAGGCAAUGAGGUUAUCCCUGGUGCUAUCGGACCCAAUGUUCUGCCUGUCAUGCAGUUAUUAAGAACCACUCUCCAAACUAAGAACUUGCUUGGAAUCAAGGUUUCCACUGUGCUACCUGCCAAUGUUUUGGGUGUUUCUUUUCCUCCUUCAGCUGGAGCUUUCACCCCCGAGACAGCACCUAUCUUGAGAGGCAUUCUCGAAUUCUUAACGGCUCAAGGAUGGCCUCUCAUGAUCAAUGUCUAUCCCUACUUUGCCUAUGCUGCUGACCCUGUUAAUGUCCGCUUGGACUAUGCCCAAUUCACUGCCACCGGUGUUGUGGUUCAGGACGGUCCUUUUGGCUACACGAACCUGUUUGAUGCCAUUGUUGAUGCUUUCAUUUCGGCAAUGGAGAAAGAAAAUGGUGGCAAUGUAAGUGUUGUGGUGUCAGAAACCGGCUGGCCUUCUGCUGGGAAUGGCGAAUUUACGACACCGGCGCUUGCAGGAACUUAUAAUGGGAAUUUGAUCAAACACAUUGAGGCCAAAGUUGGGACACCAAAAAGACCAGGGGCUUUUAUAGAUUCGUAUAUCUUCGCAACUUUCAAUGAGAAUCAGAAACCCCCUGGCGUGGAGCAGAAUUUUGGCCUCUUCUUUCCUUCCAAGGCCCCUGUAUAUCCUAUUUUCUAAGUUAAAAAUAGGGGCAGAGAGGAAAAAUACUGCCAGUAUUUCUGUUACAAAUUAAGAUUAGAUAAUCUAUCAAUUUAUGUAAUAAAUUAAAGCAAACUAAAAGAUUGCUAAGCUAAACACAUUAGAGGCAGUGGCCUGGCGCUUUUUUUUUGUUGUCAUUAAUAAAGCAGUGGGCUGGUUGGGUGUGGGAUUUUGUAACUCCAAAUAUAUUAUUAAUUGCUAAUAUCAAAAACAGAGAUAUACGAAUUUCGGGUUGCUACAUGCAGAGAUUGUUUCUUUCUUAUAUGUUUCAGGCUCUAAAAUAACAGGGCCUAAAUACUCCAGUGUUUGACUAAUUGACUAGUCCGAUUAAAUUAGGGGAAGACCUACACGGUUACGAGACAAACAUAUACAUAG